AUGCCGACACAAAGUGAAGUAGCACAAAUACGAAAAUCUUCCGUUCUUGGACAAUAUAAAAAGCAAGUUGAAUUUUAUCGGAAUAUGUCGGAGAAAAUGGUUAAGGAAAAGCUUGAGGAGACAUUUCCCUACUUGCCUAAUAAGAGGUAAGGAAAAUCGAAAUUACAUUUCCCCAAGAAUGUGCAGGAAUAGGCCUCUUGAGCUUGUAUGUUUUGUUUUCUUGUUUCAUGUGACAAUGCUCUAAAGAACCAUGUCUUUUAAAUUUCUUCCUAUUUACGUGCAUAUGGACGUUAAAUUUACACAGAUAAAGCUGAGAAUUCCCUUAAGUAAACAAAAACAUAAAUGCAAUCUAAAGAGCUCUACUCAAUGGAAACAUGUGAAAUGAAACCGCUGAUUUCUAUUUUCAUUAACUGGUCAUACAUGAUUAUUUGCAAUCAUCUAAAUAUUUUUUCCACAUGAAGACAGUCGCCUUUGAAUGUUUUCCUAUAAAUUGCCUCUUUAGUUAUGCUUGUAAAGUUUUUACCUCACGCCCAGCUGGAUGCAUAUCAACAUCUCGAAUUUGGGAUGGAAAGACCAUAAAGAGGAACACACAGGGCAACUCAGCUUUAUACAUUUUGGAGGAUGAG